AUGAGCUUAGGCGGCCUCAAGUCAGAUGAGCUGCUUGCAGAUGUGGUAAAGAGGGAGGAUCUCUCUUUUGAUGAUGUUUACAACGAUAAGCUUCGUACUUAUGGCGGACGCUUUCUCGCUGCGUAUAUUGAAGCCAAAGGGCUUACUGAGGAACAGUAUGGGACGGUGGUGAAGGAUAUCCAGGAAGGCCUUCGGUGGGAGAAGAAAGAGUACGAUUUCUUGGGGAGCUGUGAAAGUGGUGAAAAGGUACAAUGGAUGCGUUUGGCGUUGGGAGUGUUUGGGGAAUUGAAAGAGACAGAUAGCCUAGAUGUGCUAGUGCUUGUUUCACAGUACUUGAACUCGAAAGUGCCAUGGAGCAAUGACGAAUUGGCUCAGAUGGCUCAGAAGUUUCAAAAAGAGUAUGGUCAGGCUGGGAGUCGUUUUCUUGAGCGUAUUAAACCUUCGCUUCUAUCUAUUCCUAACGUUAAGGUCUCGCUGAGCGGCUACAAAAGGGCAGGUUCCAAGGCUGCUGGGCUUAGGCCUUCUCUAGGCUUUUCGGGAGUGGCAAGUGGUAUUUUUGAAGAUGAUAAGCGGAAAGAAUGGAAACACUCAGAGAACAUUACGGCGCUUUCAACGGUAUGUGGGUUUCUUGCUGUUCCUGAUGAUAGCGCUGAGUUCCAAGCAAAUUGGCCUGUGGCAAUCACGUUCAUACUCAAUGUUCUUGACGAUUCAGACCCCUUGUUCCGUGCUCAGGGCUGUUACCUCGUGGAAAACGCGUUGGAACUGGGCCAUAGUCCUGUCUUGAUGAAAUCUGGACAUGUGGACCUAUUCCUUGAAUCUACCGAGACUUGUUUGAACUACUUGCCGAACCUCACUCCAGCGAAUGUAUCGCUAUGUGUUUUAGGCGCUGCUUAUCCGCUCUUGUAUAAGUUGAAGGCCCUACGCAAGGAUCCGGUCUCUUCUUAUAUUGAAGUACUCGAAAAGAACGUUUUGGGAUCUAUCUCUCAUGUUCAGGGACGCAACAGUGAUAGAGGUACCAAUGAAGUGCUAUCAUUUCUUCUAUCACAGGCAUGUUCUUUGAUUGCCAAUCAUCUUGGUGCUGCCGUUCUUGGCUGCUUCCUGAGACUCAACUAUACUUUAUGUCAGACCAUCACUAACCCGUUCCUUAUAGAUGCUGAUGGUGGGGCUGAGGUGGUAGACAUGGCUCUCAACGUACAUGACAAAUGCUUGACGGCAUUCAUUGCUGUGGAAGACAAGGAGGGCCGUGAGCUCUUUGCGUCUCACAAGUACGAUCUUCUUGCUGCGUGGAUAGUGUUAUUGAAGAGGGUGAUGAAGUUUAAGGCUGGAACAACCAACACUAAAGACAGACUUCUACGGAACGUCAAAGGACUAUCUGAGAUUGUCGGUGUGGACGAGAUAAAGGAGGACUACCAGGCCGCGUUGGAGAGUAAUCCAGAGUCUCUUCCAUCCUGGGACCAAAUUAUAUAA